CGCCUGUUUAUUUGGACACCAGUUCCUCUUUUGUAGGGGAGGCGUUUGUCGCUCUCAACCCAAAUCGAUAUUCCCCUCAAAACUCGCUUCGCAUCCUUUAACGAAAGAGCCGAUAAGGUCAGCCUUGGUUUCAGCCGACUGCAAGCACCCUGUCCACCUUGCCCUUUUUCGCGCCCCCCCGUUCGCCCAUCACAUAACUCACCUUGUUUUUAUAAAUCCCACCUUCCCGUCCUCGAGCUCGACCUCGGCUCUAUAAUCCAUCAACAUGAUCUCUAUCGUACCGCAGCACACAAGAACGGGACAGGAUCCUAUAGCUGCCACCGCCGCCAACACUACCACCAUCACCCAGUGCUCCUCUCCCGGGAUAGCCCGUCCCCGCGCCAUCACAUCCUCGUGCUAUCUUGCUUCAACGAUGCCGAGGAAAACCACCGAGGUCACUAUAAGACCUCUUGCGUCGCAGCCCAUGUCUCCGGCCAUGAGCAACCGCCUGCCCACCAAGGUAGAUGCCAACAUCAAGGCCGGCACCACUGACAUAAUCACGCCGCCCUCGUCUCCCAGGAGGUUGAGCAAUGCCGCAGAGACAGAAGGGAAGCAGGCCGCGCCACCAUCCGGCGCUGGCAUGCACCUCAGGCUCCCGGAUAUGUUUGCCUCGCUGAUGAGCAUCCGGCCGCCGAUAAACCCCAACUAUCAAAAGGUCAAGGCCGAGGCCGAGGAGUGGACUACGAGAACCCUCAACCUGACGCCCCUCCAAGCUCUCCGCAACUCCAAGGCAGACUUCACCUUUCUGGUGUCGUGGUGGGCCCCCAGCGCCGACGCCGAGGCGGUCCGCACCAUGGUGGACUGGCAGCACUGGGCCUUCCCCUGGGACGACCAGUUCGACGAGGGCCACCUCAAGCUGGACCUCCCCGGCGCGGCGGCCGAGGUGGUCAACAUGACGGCGCUGCUGGACGACUCGCACCCGGCGCUCUCGCUCGGCCAGCCCGGCACCGACCCCAUCCAGUACGCCUUCCAGCAGAACUGGUACCGGAUACGGAGCCGCGCCGGCCCCGCCCUGCGCCACCGGUACAAGAUGUACCUCAAGCACUACAUGCUCGGCGUCCUGGGCCAGGUCGGCUCCAGGUCCCGGGAUCCCAGGUCGCUGUCCGUCGACGAGUACCUGGCCUUUAGGAGGGGUACCAUUGGCGUCAUGCCGUGUCUGUGCCUCGUCGAGUACGCCGAGGGCAUCGAGCUGCCGCAGUACGUCGUUGACCACCCGUCCGUCAAGGCCUGCCAGCAGGUGGCUGUGGAUCUGGUCCUGCUGGAUAACGAUAUUCUGUCGUACAGGAAGGAUUUGAUCGAAGGCGAGGAGCUCAACCUCAUCAACAUCCUCCGCUUCUCCAAGGGCCUGACCCUGCAGGAGGCCGUCGACGAGAUGGGCCGCAUGAUCACGGAGCGCUACCGGAUCUGGUACCGCGCCCUGGCAGACAUGCCCAGCUGGGGCCACAAGCUCGACGCCGAGGUGCUGCGCUACCUCGACGGCUGCAGGCGUGUUGCGCUGGGCAGCCUUAUCUGGAGCUUCCACACCGGUCGCUACUUCAAAGACGCCGAGGGCGAGCUGGUCCGCGAGGAGCAAAAGCUCUGGAUCCCCGAGGAGCUGCUCGCUGGUAUCGACGGCAGGCCGGCGAGGAUUCCGUCCGAGUCGCUACCCGAGCCGGUCUCGUCGUAGUUUC